AUGACACAAGCUCAAAAAAUAAAUUCUACAACAGUGCAACGUCGUGGAAAUGACACCCAACAAUCACAAGUUGGAGGAGGAGAAACAGAAGUAGACGUUAGAAGCAUUAAUAACCCUGAAAACAACGAUAACAACGAUAAAUCAUACGGUUUUAUAAAAGCAAUUCGAAAGCACUUGUCUGAUUUGAAUCCUUCAUUAGUUUUAGAAAAUAGAGCCAGUGUUGCAAGGGAUCAUUUAGCCAUCACGCAAUUAUUUAGGCUGAACCUGAAUGGGAAGAAAUCUGAUGAUAAAGUUGGCAAACCAUUAGGACUAACGUUUGUGGUCCUAGGGAUCAUAUUUCUCGUUAUUGGUAUUAUAAGAUAUUUUCAUUCCCAAUACCUUAUGACACAAGGCAAUUUCCCUGCCAGCAGAGGAAGCAUCAUAUUUGUAACUGCUGUAACUGUUGUGUCCCUGGCCGCUUGUCUAGUAGUCAUAUUGACUAUGGAACUAGAUAAAUAA